AUGCUCCUACCCCGGGGACCGAAGGAGAAGCGGGACGGUGCUUCGUCCAAAGUCGCGAUCAUUGUCGUUGUCUCACUUGCGAUAGUCAUCUCGCUCGCCGUCAUCUCGUACCUCAUACUCAAAGCGCUGCGGUCGAGACAUUCGAAUCCAAAGUACGUCCCGACACAGUUCCUGAAGCGGAAGUGGGAGGCAUGGCAUCCGGUGGGCUUUACGACGAAAGGCAACUACAGCGCGCGGUUGCAAGAGGAUGCGUCGGUGCCGACGCUGCAUUUGAGGAGCGAGAAUCGAAGCGCAAGAGCCAGCGCGGUCAAUCUGCCUGACCUGGAGAGGGCGCAGGGCGCGGAGAGUACAGCGAAUGGAGCGGGUGCGACGGUGGAUAGGCAGACGAGUCUCAGGUCUGUCAUGACGCUGCCGAUGUACUCGAAGUCUGUACGGGAGAACGAGCAGAUCUUGGGAAGGGAAGGGGACAGGGAUGGCAUUGACGUGGUAGUCGAGCAGCCAGAGACUAUUGAGGAGGAAGAGGAGCGGCGGGACGAAGAGAUGGAGAGCCUAUAUCAAAUACGACUGCAACGGCGACGGGAAGUUGCAGAGCGCGAGGAGCGAAGGAGGCUGAGGAGAGAGGCGCGGGAAAGAGGGGAUCAAGUGACGCUUGAGCGGUUACGGCAAGAAAGUAGGCUGAGGGCGGAAGAGCGGGAGAAUGAGGGCGCGGCUGCGAUGAUCGCAGAGCAUCAUGGACGGUCCAGGGAACGACGGGUCAGCAGUGUGAGCUAUGCUGAACUGGGCGUGGCGAGACAUGAUGGCUCUCGAAUACGAGCAAACAGCAGCGACUCAGAACGACCACUCCUGGACUCCGCAGCGAGCAUCGGAGGAGGCACAAUCCGGCCCUGGUCUACACAGGACUCUGCUUCCUUGCGCUCACACCACCGCGACCGCUCAGCCAGCUCCGUCCUCUCCAUCUCCGACAACGGCAGCGAAAUCGUCGAAAUGCCACCUUUCGGCCGCGCUGGAAGCCACUACGAAAUCGUCACCAUGAACCAAGCACACUCUCGCAACACUUCACGGACACACACCCCGUUCGCUUCACGAAGUAGAUCCUCUUCCAACACCGGCCCGACCGUCGAAACUGGAUCCCUCGCCCAGGUACCCGCCUACGAACCUCCACCCUACGACAGCGCAGGCUUCGAAGACGCUCCUCCUUACACCUCCCCCGUCCGAGAGCGAGCGCCAGAGCCGAGACGAGAGAUGCAGCGGUCGGAUUCUGGAGCGCCGAUAUUGCCGGAUAUUGGGCGCUUGCCGAGUAUCCGAAUCGCGGAGUCGACGCCUAUAGAGCCGAGGAGGGAGGUCGAGUGGCCGGAGCCGGUUAGAGAGAGUGUGAAUGAGCGGUAA